ACAGUGUACUACCAUAACCUCAAAAAACGUGUUUAUUUUUCUUGGUGAAAUUUUUUCCUCUGCGUUUUUUGUGUGAAAACUGUGAAAAUCAUGGGUAAAAGGGACAAAAGGAAGAAGAACAAUACUAAUCCCUUUGCUCAGAGGAAAAGGGAUAAGAGGAAUAAUGAGGAAAAUGGCCAGAAAAGGGAUCGUCGAUCAGAGCCGUAUGUGGAAAUUGUUCGGGAGAAUGAAUCCUUCUUCAAGUACUACAAACAGCAGGGGAUAGUCCCUGAAUCCGACUGGGAGACCUUUGUGAAGUCCCUACAGUCGAACCUGCCGACAGCUUUCCGGGUGACCGGCUGCCGGGGAGAAUCUGAGCGGUUGCUGGACAUCAUCAAGAGUGAGUACUUUGAGGAAUACUUUAAGCAUGCAUCUGGGGAGGGGGAGAAGAUUGAGAAGCCAUUUGCACUGCCAUGGUAUCCAGGGGAAUUGGCCUGGCAGCUGCAGCUCUCCCGGAAAGAUAUCCGGAGAUCUGAGGUAUUCUAUCGGCUGCACAAUUUUCUGAUUGCCGAAACGAAUGCUGGAAGUAUCAGUCGGCAGGAGACUGUGUCGAUGAUUCCGCCAAUUGUGUUGGAUGUCAAGCCGCAUCACAGGGUGCUCGAUAUGUGCGCAGCUCCUGGCUCAAAGACAGCCCAGCUCAUUGAGGCUCUGCAUGCGGAAAUGGAGGAGAAGAAGGAGCUUCCGACUGGCCUGGUGAUUGCCAAUGACAUUGACAAUAGUCGAUGCUAUAUGUUGGUCCAUCAGGCCAAACGGCUCAAUUCCCCAUGCUUCAUGGUCACAAAUGAGGACAGUGAGAGAUUUCCUGACCUCCAGAUGACAAAUAAAGCAUCUGGGAAGUCUGAGAAUAUGCAAUUUGAUCGGAUUCUCUGCGAUGUUCCCUGCAGCGGGGAUGCCACUUUGCGAAAAAAUCCAGAUAUCUGGACAAAGUGGAAUCCUGCUCAUGGGACAAAUCUCAAUGGGGUUCAAUUCCGGAUAGCCCGAAGGGGAGCUGAACUCCUGACAGUCGGCGGUAGGCUGGUUUAUUCCACUUGCUCUUUCAAUCCUGUUGAGAAUGAAUCUGUAAUCUGUCGCCUUCUCCGGGAAUCCGAGGGAGCUCUUGAGCUCAUUGAUGCCUCGGAUCUCGUGCCAGGGCUCAAAUUCUCUCCCGGAAUGACAAAAUGGGAGCUCUCCAGUAAGGACAUGGAGUUCUACAGUGAUUUUUCUCAAGUCCCUGAGAAAUAUCACACAAUAAUCCGACCCCAAAUGUUCCCUCCGGAAAAUGUACAUAACCUCAAUCUCGAACGCUGCAUGAGGAUUCUGCCUCAUCAGCAAGAUACAGGAGGCUUCUUCGUGGCGGUCUUGGUGAAAACCAAGCCGAUGCCUUGGGAGAAAAGCCAGGAAGAGGAAAAACUGGUUCCUCAGAGGAAAAAACGUCGCUUGGGAGGGUACAAGGAAGAGCCCUUUGUCUUCUUCCUGGGCGACGAAGACAUCUUCCAGUCCAUCAAGGACUUCUACACUCUCCGCUCAGACUUUGACCCAUGUUGUCUCCUCACGAGAUGCCACACCGGCAAAAAGAAAAACAUCUACUUCAGCUCGGAUGCAAUCCGGGAUAUUGUUCAGCUCAGUGGAGAUCGGGUCAAGAUUAUCAAUACGGGAGUUAAAGUUUUUGUCCGAUGUGACAACAAGAAUAUGUCCUGCGCCUUCCGCCUGGCUCAGGAGGGUCUCCCGAGUGUCAAUGAGUUUGUGGGAAAGGACAGAAGAAUCCUCCUCGAGAGAGACGAUCUUGUCACUCUCCUGCAGAAUACUGAUCCCACAAAGCCUCCACGAAUUGAAGAACUUUCCCAAAGCACGCAGGACAGGAUCACAGCUGUGACUCCUGGAAGCUGCGUCCUUGAGUAUCGAGAGGAAAAGCUUCAGCUGACUCUGGUGGGAUGGAGAGGAACCACAAGCCUCAGGGCUUAUGUUGAUCAGAGUGAAACUGUUCACAUGUUGAGACUCCUCAGGGCAGAUCUGUCCAAGUACGAGGUCAACAAGUUCCGAAAGGCAGAAGAGGCAGAAAAGACGAAUGCUGCAGAGCAGGAGGGAACGGAGAAGGAAGCAGAAGAGGAGGAAACAGUCAAGGAAGAAAUGGAAGUUGAUCAGGAGGAGAAGAAAACUUGAAGCUUGCAAAAGAAUAAAGAACAUUUUGUGGUGAAUGUAAUUUUUUAUAAGAAUGAUUAAAGGCAAUGAUUCUAGCUGAAUGCUAGAAAACGAAA